ACGGGCACGGGCGGCAGCGCGGAGGGGCGGCCGGCGCGGACAUGCCUCUGGCCAAAGACCUAGUGCAUCCCUCCUUAGAGGAUGAGAAGAGAAAGCACAAAAAGAAACGUCUUGUGCAGAGCCCAAACUCCUACUUUAUGGAUGUGAAAUGUCCAGGAUGCUACAAGAUCACCACUGUCUUCAGCCAUGCUCAGACAGUAGUUCUGUGUGUAGGGUGCUCAACUGUCCUGUGUCAGCCAACUGGGGGCAAAGCCAGGCUUACAGAAGGCUGUUCAUUUAGAAGAAAGCAACACUGAACAGUUCAGGAUGUGAUUUUUGGAUCUGUGUUCCUGAGAGCCUUACCUGUUUAAGAAUGCCUGUUACACAACAAUGUAGUUAUGAUUAAUUUUGUACAAAUUACAUGCUACUAAUUACAUGCUGACUAAUCUGCUGGAAUCUCUUUUUCAAUAAAUGAUCUGAAGUGCAAGUUUUUCCUGUAAGUUUGCAGACAACUAAGCUCUAUUUUUAUAAUUUUACAUUUAAACAGUAAAAGCCUUGGACUUCCUGCAUCCUUCCCCUUGCUAAUCAUAAACUACAGCAGUGUAAUGCAUAUAGUGUCAGAGACUGCUUUAGGAAUGCAUUUUGUGUAUUUUAUUUCUGCUGCUACUGUGGCUGCAAAGGUUGCAAAAGCUAGAUAAGAUUUUAAAUGGUUCAUUUGCUUUCAAUGUUGCUGUAGUCCCUUCUCCAUCUUGGGUAAUAAAAAUGUAAAGUUACUCA